GGCAGGCACAGGGGCUCGGCUGGAGCAGGGUACAGAGGAAGGAAUUGGCAGAAGACGCCAGGGGGCGAGAAGGGAGCAAGUGAGAGACAGUGGCAGGGCGCAGCAGGACCUGACUGGCUGGGCUGGUCUGGUGCACAGGGAGGGCGCAGGGGGAGCUGGGCACACAGGGAGCUGAGGGUGCAGGGAACUGGGAGCGCAGGGAGCUGGGCAUGUAGUGGGAGCUGGACUUGCAGAGGGACCUGCGUGCCAGGGCCAUCACUGAGGCCAGGUGCCCUGAUCACACUUGGUGGAUCCCAUCGGAGAAGGAGCAGGGGACAGCACUGCCCCUGCAGAGGCAGGGACAUGAAAGAGGAGCUGGACUAAUCCCUUGUCCUCGGUGCUGACCCCCAAAGGCAGUGGGAGAAGUGGCUCCCUGCUCCAGAGAUGCGGGGAACACGGCAGCUCUUUGGGGUCAGGCGGCUGCUGCUCCUGCUGGCAGCGAUCCCACUCACACAGGUGCAGGCAACCCACCCGGAGUGCUCCAUCGUUCUGCAUUUACAGGAACGAGAGGCUGAGUGUCUGGAAACAAUCAGGAGUGAAAACCAAAGCAACGAGUCUCCAGAGUCUUCCAGCUGGAAAGGCUGUUCGAGGGAGUGGGAUGGCGUCAGCUGCUGGCCGGCGGUGUCAAUUGGCCAGUCCCAUGCAGUGACCUGUCAAGAGAUCCUUCAAGUAUUCAAGAAAUCUCAAGUGUUGAUACGCAGGAACUGCACAGAGUCCGGCUGGAGCAGCCCCAGUCCCCUGUACUACGCCUGCGAGCUGAAUGGCAGCAAUAAGGACACAGAAGCCAAGGGGGCCUAUUUUGCCACUGUGAAGGUGCUUUAUACCUGUGGCUACUCCACCUCCCUGGCUGCUCUGCUCCUGGCCAUCAGCAUCUUCUCCUGCUUCAGGAAGCUUCACUGCACCAGGAAUUCCAUCCACAUCCACUUCUUCUCCUCCUUCAUAAUGCGGGGAGCUGCCGUGUUCAUCAAAGACUCCGUGCUCUUCGCGGAUGAAUCCAUCAAUCACUGUACCAUGUCAACGGUGAACUGCAAAGUGGCCAUUGCCUUCUUCCAGUACUCCGUGCUGGCCAACUUCUACUGGCUCCUCGUAGAGGGGAUGUAUCUGCAAACACUGCUGCUGUUCACCUUCAUCUCUGACAAGAGGUAUUUCUGGUGGUACACCCUCAUCGGCUGGGGUGUCCCUAUGCUCAUUGUGAGCUUGUGGAUCUUCGCCCGGCUACAAUACGACAACCAUGGGUGUUGGGAUGACUAUGCCAGUCUGUACUGGUGGGUGAUCAAGGCUCCCAUUCUCUUUGCCAUCUUUAUGAACUUCCUCAUAUUCCUGAAUGUGAUCCGAAUGUUAGUGCAGAAGAUUCGAUCCCCUGACGUCGGCAAAAACUACAAGCAGCAGUACAUGAGACUGGCAAAAUCCACACUGCUUCUCAUCCCCCUCUUUGGGGUUCACUACGUGGUAUUCGCCCUCUUCCCGGAACAUAUUGGCGUUGAAGCAAGACUCUAUUUCGAAUUGGUUCUUGGCUCCUAUCAGGGGUUCCUGGUGGCUCUGCUGUACUGCUUCCUGAAUGGGGAGGUGCAGGCUGAGAUCCAGAGGAACUGGGGCAAAUGGCAGUCGUCCAUGGAGAGCAAUGUCUUCAACCUGGUGACCCAAGACUUUACAGCCUGAGAAGGGAAAGGGCUGGUGAUAAACAGCUUCCCAAAGCCUGACCGCUACUCCGUGCUCCACAGCAGCAGCCCCAGCGGGGAGUAGGGCAGCGCCUUGCAUUCCACUUUGCCACCCAGUUUGUUUCAGCUUCCUUGGCCAAACAUACAGAGAUGGGGACUGAGGGAAAAGACCUUGUAGAUCCACUCAGAGAUUGCUGCAGGGUCGUACUCUGCAUUCUAUUCUCCAGGGCUUUGUCCAGCUUUGUGUUCAAUGUCCCAAGAAACAGACCUUCCUCCCCUUCCCUCAGGGCAAUGCCCCACAGGCAAAGAUUUUGCACUUGGGAAAAGUUUCCAGAGAGUCAGGGUGUAUUCUCCAUUCGUUGCCUUCCUCCUAGUUGUAAGCCAUGCACUGCUCUAACUCACUCUUUCCCCUCCCUGCCAUGGGCCCCCACCCUGCUAUCAGCUGUUGUGACUCACGUACCCCACAUAUCCAACCCGCCAGUCUCCUUAGCAGGUGUAAAUACUUAGGGUUUUUCUCCAUCUUUCUGGUCCUGAGCUGCACGGGAUGCAGCGUCACCUGGCACAGCCUGCCCAGGGCCAGAUGUCGGCAUCGCCUGAUGUGGCCUGCCUGGGCCAUAUAGAGAAAGGCAAUUGUAUUCCUGCCCCAUGAUGUGCUACCUGCCCUGAAGGCCUCUCUUUUGCUGCCAUGGUGUGUUUGUUCUUUACGCUCACUCCCAAGGCAUUUCAGCCUGGUUACCUGGCAGGUUCUUCUCAGGUGGCUUUGCAUGUUUUCAAGCUGAAUCUUAUUUUCUGUGAUUCCUGUUCCUUUCCAUGGUGCUCACAGCUCCUCCUGGCUUAAUGCCAUCUGCAGAAUUCAUCAGCGUGUGGUUUUCUCCCUCUGCCCAGCCCAGUAAUGGAGAUGUUGGAUGAGGCCAGCCCUUGCACAACACACAUCCCCAGCUCCAUGCCUUGCUGUUUACCCCUUGCCAACACUUCAUCUGAUACUUCACCCUUUGGCUUUGGUUCUUCCAGCCCUGUCCCCACCCACAGGACAGGAUUCCCACACCCGGCAGUUGGAAUCAGAGUGGACAGGGUUCGCUCCUCUGCAAGGAGCCAGCAUUAGGGUGAGGUCCUGCUUCAGUCCCAAUUUUAGGCUUUUAAUGAUGUCUUGGCUUCAUGCAGGCCCUGUGCAUGGGGAGAAUUUUGCCCUGUAGCAGGAUUUGGUGAGACACUGAACUGGGCUCUCCCCAGAGCUGAGCACCAUAGGCUGGGUGCACACUGGGUGCUGAAUGCCUCUGAAAAUCUGGCCAUAUGUCAAGCCAUCAUCAUCACCAGUCUUCCCACACCAUCAGGGUGUAUGUAGCCUUUAUUGUUAUUUAAAGGUAAUUUUAGUGCUGUUCUGUUACACCAUCGAGGGCUCGGCUCUGGCGGCUACAGUUCAGCAGAGCUCUCUCUGCCCGUUUUAGCUCUAGAGCUCCUAGGAACACACGAAGCCAUAAGCAAAUAACAGACAAUCACAAGAAGGUUUAUUAUCUUGUAUCCAUUUUACUAAUGUUACCAACACCGUUAUGAGUAUCACAGCAUAUACAACGCCUAGAUCUAUCCAGGCACCAGUUCUAACUGCAGCCAGACUCACAUCCAACACUAUCCAGCAACCCACAUCCAACAACCCAUCCAGCAGUAGGGUCUGGUGGGUCUCUCAUGGAUUGACCAGCACAGGGAUGCUUUCUGCUGGAGUUUGCCCAGAGGAAGUUCAAUUUUCCCAUUCUGGGCACCCCCUUUUUAUAAUGUGAUUCUGCCUGUACUUAUAUUCCAUGCAUGUACAUGGAAGUGUCACCCCUCUUUUCAUUAUUGGGCCUCUAGAAACAGAAGGGACCCGGAUUUCUAGAGAAUCAUAGAAUAUCAGGGUUGGAAGGGACCUCAGGAGGUAUCUAGUCCAACCCCCUGCUCAAAGGAGGACCAAUCACCAACUAAAUCAUCCCAGACAGGGCUUUGUCAAGCCUGACCUUAAAAACCUCUAAGAAAAGAGAUUCCACCACCUCCCUAGCAUUCCAGUGCUUCACCACCCUCCUAGUGAAAAAGUUUUUCCUAAUAUUCAAAAAAGGUCAUGUAUAGGUCAUGUAGGUUCUCUUUAUUCUCAUUGGUAUUGACACUCAACCUGUAUCCCGAGGUUCAGAUGCAUGUGGGAGACAGAUGUGCCUCUACCACAUUUUUAUGUUUUAAAAUUAAUCUUCCAGCUAAUUUUUCGCAAUGUUACCCUUAGUGCCGCUUUUCCCAUCAUCUCAGUGCAUCGGGUUAUUCUUCAGUCACUUACUCUGUCAGCAUUUCUUAGCUCCAGGGCCUAAAAUAGCUAGGCUAAAAUCUUGCAGGCCUCAGCCUACAAGUCUUACAUUUCAGCCUUUCUUACUUAGCUAGCUAAUCCCUGAUUCCCUCUAACUACUGUUCAAGCUUAUACUUCUAUCAUCCUAUAGCUUAACUUGAUUCACUGUACAAUGCUUAUAUAUAACAUGACAUGGUAAUUAAUCAUAACAUCACCCAAUAACUGGAUAAUAAACUAAAAUCAUUGGCUACAAGGGUCAUCAGGCAGGAGUUAAACUGCGCCAUU